AUGUCGGACUCUACUGUUGGCCAGACGAAGCAGUUUGGAAAGGGCCAGAGGACCGUUCCGGCUCAGAAGGCCCAGAAAUGGUACCCCGUUGAUGACGAGUCGCAGCCUAAGAAAGUUCGCAAGGCUAUUCGUCCUACCAAGCUCCGGGAAAGCCUUCAGCCCGGUACUAUUCUGAUCCUCCUCGCCGGUCGCUUCCGUGGCAAGCGUGUCAUCCUCCUCAAGCACCUUGACCAGGGUGUCCUCCUCGUUACCGGUCCCUUCAAGAUCAACGGUGUUCCUCUCAGACGGGUGAACGCUCGCUACGUGAUCGCCACUAGCAAGCGUGUGGACAUCAGCAGCGUCGACCAGAGCGUCCUCGAGAAGGUCAGCGCUUCUGACUACUUCACCAAGGAGAAGAAGGCCGAGAAGAAGACCGAGGAGGCUUUCUUCAAGCAGGGAGAGAAGCCCGAGAAGAAGAAGGUUGCCAGCGCUCGUGCCAGUGACCAGAAGGCUGUCGACCAGUCCAUCCUGGCCUCCGUCAAGAAGGAGGCCUUCCUCGGCAGCUACCUCGCCAGCACCUUCAGCCUCCGGAACGGCGACAAGCCCCACGAGAUGAAGUGGUAA